AACGUUUGCUUUUUCAUGUGAUGUACGCGGGAAUUUUGAGAUUGUAGUAUUUACUCUGCAGAGGUGCAGCUAAUGUUGUUUACGCAAGAAAUAUGCGAUUUUUAGUCUAAUGUGAAACUAUAUUUGGAUGGAUGUUGGCACUGGACAAUAUCUGUUUCCGGACAAAUUAAUUUGAACCGUGAUAGGGGUCAUAUUUACAGCUGUGAUGUAAACGUUUUUUUUUUUUUUAAAGUUUGAUACCAGUAGAGCUGCUUUGUGAUAUUGUUAAAAUCGUUUUUAGUAAUUUUAUUUAACUUACUUACGAUCCACGAUGAUUAAGUGUAAAUCCAGCAAAUCUUCCAUGGUCAAUGGAGUUCAGUCAAACAUUUCUGCCUUUUUCGUCUCAAAGGUUUCACUGAAGUCACCUAAAAAAGCUACAGCUGGAAUUACAAGAGUCCCCGUUUCACUAAAGACUGGUUUUGUAGAGGAUAAAAAUGUCCCCUGCUCUCCAACCCCUUCUGCUGUUCCAGAGACACCUGACAGUCUGAGGAACGAGAACCCUUCAGAUACCUCAUAUGAGAACCGCUCACCUGUCUCCCGUGGCCUACAUACUAAAGGUGUCAGGGGUAAACCUAGUCUGAUGGCACGUAAGCUGAUACAGCCACAGAAAACCACCAGUCCAGAACCCAAAGACACUUUUGAGCUUAAGAAUGGUCACUCUGGCUCUGUGAAGAGGUUGUUGCAGAGCUCAGAGAACAUCCAGAGUGCCAAACGAUUCAGGACCAUGGAAGUUCAGAAACUACCUGACUGUGAUGCAAGCUCACCAGGAGCCAAUCGAAAUGCAUUCUCAAAAAGUCCUGAGAAAAAAAUCAAGGCUGAGUCUGUCACUUUUAAGAGUAGUCGAUUGGCAGCUGGGCCUUGUGUAAAAAUAAAUGGAAAAACAAAUGGUUUCUCAAAGCACUCAAAAAAAUCCUUUAGUACAAGUGAGAAAGAGAAUUCACUUGUUCUAAAUGUGAAGCCGGAGUUCGACAUGAGUACGGUUUCUGGAACGAAUGAAUUUGAUCUUAUGAUGUCGUAUAGUUCAUGGAUACAAAAUGGAUCUACUGAAGAAAAAGAGGCUUUUCUUAACUGUCCAAUUAUUAAGAAGAGACCCUUGAGUACUGCUGAUCUACAAGUGAAAGACAAAAUUCCAGAAAAGACUUUGGCAGCCCCAUUUGAAGAUGAUUUUACUGGUCUGAUAGACGAUUGGUUUGAUGAUGGCAUGGAGCAAAAAUCGGAGACACCAAAACCCAAGAAGUUCAGUCAUGAAAAAAACAAAGGCAUACCAGAGCAUGUUAUACUGGCCUCUGGUGUUCAUAACCGAUACUGGGUAUUGGAUGUACAGGACGUCACCUCUUCACGAAUUUGCAAGGAGAAGCACUUAACCAUCACCUGCUCCAAGACGACACAGUCCAGAGAGACCUGUAUUCUCAAAGAUGGCUGGGAGAGUACUCCGGUUGCUGUUGGGGAUGUCAUUCACUUGGAAGGGAGGUGUGUUUCUGGCUUGUGGACGAUUGAUAGAGACUCUGGUUUCCUGGUUCUGCUGCCUGACCUGCUGAUAUCGGGGACCAGCAUUGCCAGCAGUAUUCGCUGCAUGAGGCGAGGGGUGCUGGGAGAGAUGUUUAAGGCAUUUGAUGGUGGAUCUAAGCAGAUGUUAAAUGGUACCAUAGUUCAUGAUAUCUUCCAAAAAGCAGCCAUAUCCUCUGAUUUCUCCCCAGAGAGGAUACAGACGUUUGCUGCAGAGGCCCUAAAAAGCCCUAACUACCUUGGACAAAUGUAUAGUCUAAAGCUGACCCAGGCUGACAUGAGACAGGAAGUAGAAGAAUAUCUUCCCUCUUUGUCUGAGUGGGCAAAAAACUACCUCCACACUUCACCACAGGCUGGACAAAAGCAGCUCACUCUAAAACUCCCUAGUGACGGAGCUCUGAGCAAGCAAGAUGCCACCUGUAGUGUGACAGUCACAGAUUUUAUGGACAUUGAAGAAAACAUCUGGUGUCCACGUUUUGGCCUGAAGGGGAAGAUAGAUGUCACAGCUGGAGUUCGGAUUCAUCGGAGAGGCAGAAAGCCCACAGAGAGGAUUGUGCCACUGGAGCUGAAAACUGGGAAGGAGACCAACUCCAUUGAACAUCGCAGUCAGGUUAUUUUGUACACAUUGAUGAGCUCAGCUAGACGUUGUGAUCCAGAGGCAGGUUUCCUUGUCUACUUGAAGACUGGCACUCUACAUCCAGUUGUGGGUAACCACAUGGACCGGAGAGAACUGAUUAAAAUAAGAAACUCAUUGGCCCAUCACGUCGGAAACAACCGGAUCAAGAUAGAUGGAAAAAGUCAGAUGGCCCCAUUGCCUGCCAUUGUAUCUGACCAGCAGGCAUGCAAGUACUGUCCUCAGAAAAGGAACUGUGCAGUUUACAACAGAGCUCUGGAGAGAGAUCCCGUGGAGAACUGUAGUGAUUAUCCACAGGCCUUUGUGCAAUCAGAGAGCGAGCAUCUCAGCCAAGUGCACCUCCAGUAUUUCAGCCACUGGCUGCUCCUCUGCACGCUGGAGGCUCACACCAUGGAAAACAAAGGAGGUCGGCGUAAUAUCUGGCUUCAGACUGCCCAGCAGAGGGAGAAAAGUGGUGGCUGCGCGGGUAACAUGCAGUUAACUGGAGACGUCAGCGUACUGUCUGAUGGUGUAUAUAAGCACAGCUUUGAGAGGAAGGUGGGCGAUCAGACUCUCACUGGGCUGAUAGUUGGCGACAGGAUUGUGGUCAGUGAUCAAGACUCGGUGCUCAUAGGCCUGGCCACAGGAUAUGUCACAGAAAUAACUGUCAGUGGAGUGAUUUGCUCUUUGGACAAAAACCUUUCCAAGUAUUCCUCAAACACAGUUUUCCGCCUGGAUCAGGAUGAAGGUGCAGGCGGUCUUAGCACUCAUCUAGGAAACCUGUCUAUGUUAAUGGAAAACACUCCAACCAGUGAAAGACUGAGGGAGUUGAUUGUGGAAUUCAGGCCUCCCCAGUUCAUUGACAGCCUCAGCAGUGUUUUGCCACGAGACGCCAAGGACACUGUGGCCAACAUUUUGAAAGGACUCAACAAACCUCAGAAACAAGCCAUGAAAAAAGUGUUGCUAUCUAAAGAUUACACUCUUAUUGUGGGGAUGCCAGGUACUGGGAAAACUACCACAAUUUGUACUCUGGUUCCCGCUCCUGAGACGGUGGAGAAAAGUGGCAUCAGCAACCACACAGAAGCCAUAUUGGUACAAGCCCUCGUCACUCUGCUGCUCAAGGCUGGAUGCAGAGCAUCUGAUAUUGGGGUCAUACAACAGCUAAAAGCCAUUUCCAGUCUGCUGCAGGGAGACGCAUUUAAAGCUCUGGAAGUCAACACUGUGGACAAAUACCAAGGACGUGACAAAAGCGUCAUCAUUGUGUCCUUUGUUCGAAGCAACCCUGAAGGCAAUCUGGGAGAGUUGCUCCAAGACUGGCGUAGGCUGAAUGUGGCCAUCACUAGAGCCAAACACAAGCUCCUCAUGCUGGGCUCGGCACCCACCCUUCGCCGGUAUGCACCGCUAGAAAAACUUCUCUGCCACCUUCAACAGGAAGAUAUGAUCUUCCAGCUGCCUGCUGCUGCCCAUGAGGCGCUACCCAGAAUCCACUUGUGAUAAAAACAAAAACCUCUUCAGAUUCUAGUGUAUGUCACAAAGAUAAUGCUGUGAAACAAUUACUUGAAGAAAAUUUAAGUAAAAUGGUAUACAUAAGCUUCAGAUAAUUAUAAACACCUUUAGGGAGUAAAGUUUAAUAAUAAAUCAAUGCUGACAGAGCCAUAAGUACAUAAUUACACUCAUGAGUUGUUUUGUUUUUUUUGUUUGUUUUAUUUUGGUUUUUUUACCCAAUUAAUUCCUACCUCAUGUUGCAUAUUUUUUUAAAUCCAUAAGUUUUAUCCAUGUGUUUUGUGUAUGUGUGUUUUAUAUAUAUA